AUCUCAACAAGACGGUCCUUUACAAUGUAGUUCAGUCACUUCCCAUGAUAUUUAUCGAAUAUUCUUAUCAUUUAACUUCUAAGUACAUACUAAGAUAAAUACUAAAGGGUCAAGAAAUGUUUAUUAUAUCCACGUAAACACGUCUAUGGGUUACUCUGAAUAAGGGUCCUGACAGAAGGUCAGGCGGACGACGAAAUAAUCCUUAUAAGAAUUCCGGCUUUGCUGACUACGAAAUGAAAUGUCUAAGUAGAUGAGUAAAAAUGUGGAAGGCGGUCAAAAUAAAUACUUACCGUGCCAUGCAAGGAAAUGUGAAAAACGUAAUAUGUACCUAGAAGUAUUUAAGAUGAAAAAAUUUAAAGUUACACUUAAAAAAGUUAGAAGAUGCCAUUCAACGUCAACGAACCACCAACAUUUGCUAAUCAUAAUUUACAAUACUCCAAUAACAACAAACAUCAGUCGAUCAAGAGGACACAAAUAAAAUGCAAUGAAAGCAAAAUCAUGACGAUGAUUUAAAAUGGAAACGACAUGCAGUCAGUGUUACAACAUAACAAAGAUAACGGCAUUCACUCUAAGACCACCGGACUUUGAAUUGAUUAACAGAACGAACGGUUUUCUCAACUAUUCUAAAGAAGACUCGUUUAGUGAAUUUGUAUUUGACAUCGAUAGGACAUUAAACGAAACAUUUGCAAAUUUGACUUUAAAUGAGUGCAGUGAAGUGCAGUACAAUCCAUGGGCUUUAUCGCUGAUAGUGUUUCCUUUAUUGACGUUAUUUGGGAAUGUGUUAGUUAUAUUAAGUGUAGCAAGAGAGAGGAGUUUACAAACAGCAACGAAUUACUUCAUAGUUAGUUUGGCAGUCGCGGACCUGCUAGUAGCAGUUGUCGUUAUGCCUUUCGGAGUUUAUUAUCUGUUUAAUGGCGUGUGGGGUUUGCCAGCUGUUGUAUGCGACUGCUACAUCGCCAUGGACGUCACUUGUUCCACUUCCAGCAUCUUCAACCUUGUCGCCAUAUCUGUUGACAGAUACAUCGCAGUAACUCAGCCAAUCAAAUACGCAAAGCACAAAAGCAACGCUCGCGUCUGGGUUAUGAUAGCAGUGGCGUGGACGGUCUCCGGCGCUAUAGGCUCCCCAAUAGUGUUGGGUCUCAACAACACUCCCGACAGGAGCCCUGACCAGUGUCUAUUUAAUAACACGGAUUAUGUCAUAUAUUCGUCAUUGGGAUCAUUUUACAUCCCUUGUAUCAUCAUGAUGUUUCUCUACUUCAGGAUAUUCACGGCGAUCAGGCAACGUGCGAAAAAGCAGCGUGUUGCUAAGAAGACCUCAUCAGCAGUCAGCUCGGCCGUGUCAAGUGGAACAGCUGCAGUUGUCAUUGAGAAUGUUGUACAUGCACAUCGGUUUAUAGUUCCCGAGGACAGACCGACAAAUACAGCAUCUGGAAGCAAUGACGACGACGAUGACAAAUCAGAAAUGGGUGCGUUUGAAGAUUUGGCUACCACCAGAUCAGCCAGAUUUAUGCUUGCGGCAGUUGUUGAAGAAACUGGGUUAAUAAUGGCCAAUCUCGCGUCACCAAUUCCAAUGAUGGACCCAAAUACUAACAAUGACUCCGGCUACGUGCCCUCUAAUAUGGAGGCGGAUAAAGAACACUCCCCGCUACCCUCGCCGAAAGUGGAAAAAAAGAAAGAAAAUAGUAUACCGAGAAAACCCGAACUCAAGAAAAAGUUGAGUCGUCUCAGCAACAGUUCCCUGAUCUCCACGCCGCGACGUCGCUUCCGAAGUGCCGCGUCAGCCGCAAGAUUUACAAUAUUUAGAGCGAAUCGAGCUGGAAAACUAAGAGCCAAAUCUUUCGCUAAGAAAGAAAAAAAGGCAACUCAGACGCUAGCCAUAGUUCUAGGUGUGUUUCUCUUCUGUUGGGUGCCGUUUUUUACGUGCUCUAUGCUGGAUGCAAUUUGCACGAAGUUUGGCUUCAAUUUCUCUCCUGGAGUGACCGUAUUUAUCCUCACAACGUGGCUUGGUUACAUAAAUUCUUUUCUCAACCCGCUUAUCUACACUAUCUUCAACCCUGAAUUCAGAAAAGCAUUUCGAAAAAUUUUGCAUUGUUUGUAGGUCAUUAACUUUAAAAAUUAUAAUUUAAUGCGGGUGAAAAUGGUUGUGUACAUUUUUUAGAUAAAGUAGUUUAUUUCAAUAAUUAUUAUGUUGUGCUUAAAAAUAAAUUGCAAUAUCUACACAAUAGCAAUUUUUAGAUAUUUUUAAAUGACUUGAUAUAAAAAUGUCUGUUUGUCUUCUGUUCCAAUUUCCUUCUCUUUUUAGGGCUUUAAUAUUGUAAUAAAAUUUAAAUGACAUUGUUUUCACAAAACGAGAACAAAACAGACAAGCAAUAUCAAUACAAAUAUCUGUAGAUUGUAAAUAUAUUUAUACAUAUAUUUAAUUUUUUAUUAUAAGAGCUUUCAAAUAUAAUUUUAAUUAAUUAAUUAAGUUUUGAAAUAUUAUUUGAUGUUCGGACAAACUUGCACAAAAUAUGUUUCUUUAAGUUACUGAAGGACAACUCUGAUAUAGUUGACACACUUAAAUUAAUUCCACAGUGCCUUAGUUUAGUUUACUUAGGGGAACUGAUACGGUUUUCAAAUUCUUUUAUUCAAUGUUUAAUUUUCCCCUACAUGGGUAUACAUUAUUAUCAUUAUUUUUGAAAUCAUGAAUUCGAAAACUUUAAAAGUUAUCCCAACUAUAAAACUCAUACUAAGGACAAGGUUAAAAAAUACGCUUACAAUACCGUUUCAGACUUUUAAUGUAUAGUUUUAAGAUAUGUUUAUAAGAUUAUUAUUUAAAAUUUUACGUGAAAAAAAAUAUAAACUCUUUAAUUUACUUUUAAAAAAAAGUAAUAAAACUAAAUAUUUUUUUUGUAUUUCAAGAUGUAAAUAUGUGUAAAAAUUGUAGCGAAGCAUUUGAUGUUGAAGUAAAUGUAUUUGAAAUAAA